AUGUCUACUGUUCGGUCCCUAGGGCUACACGAGUCCGCGGCCAUUCCUUUCCUCGUUUCGGAGAACCUGCUGCCCCCAGAUCCCUCGGAGGAGCUCUACUCAUGGACUACAACUCUCGACAACGGCCCAAACGGCUCGGUGGAAGACGAGUUACUGUGGACGAAGAGCUGCGUGGUUUGGUCGCGGGCAGGGGUCAUUAAAAGGGUCUUUCGACUGGAUCUGGAAAAAGAGGAUAUCAAAUAUGCUCUGUUGACGAGCUUCUCUGUCGGAAAGAGCAAACAUACUCAUGCCAAGUCCUCAUUUAGCUCUAGGUCGGCAGUAUCUCGAACGGCUCGCAGCUAUUCAGACCAGUUAUCCAACAUUCAGUCAUCCGAUACAAAGGACCGGAGUCUUCCAAAGCCUGAAGAACGGUCCGGGAAAAGUUCCUCACGGGCGUUAGUCGUCGUUCUAAAAUCACAAGCCCACAUCUUCUUCCUCGAGGGCAACAGCCACGUUGUUCCUCUAUCCUUUGAGGUCGAGACAGUAUUUGCAACACCUCGUGGAUUACUGUUCCAAAGGAAGGUCCCUGAGGAGGAUCAUGGCAACUUCCCACUGGUGCCUCCGAACUCGUUCAUGUCAUUGCCCCUGGACUUUCGCGCGUCCCAGUCACUAGACUUUUCUUCUGGUGGCAGGGCUCAACGGCCGUCUCUCAGCACUGUUCCUGCCCAGAGCCCUGGUUGGAAAUCACGGACUAGUACUAAGCGGGCGGACCUUCCUAGAGUUUUCUCUCUUAUGGACCCGCAUUCGGAGAUGGGCCUUGUAGUAACUAAUCAGUCUUCGCGAUGGCGACAAGCUAGUCUUUCCAGCAGGCCGUCCGGAUUCGAUGUUUUGGAUCCUGCAGAUGAGAUUAUCUAUGUGUCUCCUAGAGAUGAGCUAACAGACGAAAAUGGAGAUGGUUCAAGACACCCUCUUAUCCUUGUCCUAACCGUCAAUACAAGCACGGGUCUGUACACACUCUGGAUGGCACGUUACCGAGAGGAUGAAGUCGCACCGUCGUCCAGGAAGAAAAGACGUCGCGAAACCGGUGGUACUCGGUCAAAGAGACGCAGCUCCCAUUUCGGAAUGACUCCAGGGACGACAACGCCAGGUGCGCGUCCCUCAGCCGCGCGAGAGAGCUUUGGCCCAAGAGGGGAGAAUUGGAACUCGUCCUUCAUGUCUCACUCACAGUACUCAACUGAAGGGAAGCUUGAUGAUGAUGAUUUCGCUUCCAAACUAGGUCAAGAUUUCAACGAGAUUGGUGUUCCUUCCAAGACUUCGAGACGAGUGAGCUCACUCCUUGCCCGCGCAGAUUUGGCGACCAGCCAGGAUAGGAUCACAUUUUCAGACCUCGCGACAGGGAGCCAAUCGAGCACGAUUCCUCCAGGAGGACUCCGACAGUCUAUAGGAGCGGGGAGCAUGCGCGGAAGUUUUGGCUUCAACCCAAAGGGCUCCUUACCUCCAGGUACUGGUUCGGUUUAUAGCACCACGGGCAGCUUUGUGGAUGCACCUGUGGAUAAGCUCCUCGAAGAGCUCAAUAACGACAGUCUGUUUGAAGGCAUUGAGAACAUGGAUCUCAAAGAAUCCGCUUCGAGUCUCCCGGAAGAAGUACUCCUGUCUAAAGUGGAAAGCUUUUCUUCAAGAUUUUCGGGCAGUUUUCUCACGCCUUCAAAGUUGAAACCAUCUAAAAAACUCAAAGUGAUGACAAUCUGUCCGUCGGAUAGUGGUGGCCCACCCAGUCGACGCUCUGCUACGCUGGCUCUCUGUGUGGUGGAUCAAGAGGCGAAAUCCAUGACUGUCGUCAACAUCAAGGUGGAUAAGGUCGUGAGGCCUACUAAAGAUGCAGUAUCUUCCAAGGGGACCAAGGAGAAAGCGCCAUCUAAUGAACGAUCUUUGCUAGUGCAGGCUUCGGGCAUCCAGCAUUUCUCGGGCAUCUUAGACGUAUGCAAGGUGGUCGAUAGGGAGCUGUCCCGUAUGGUGACGCUUAGCGCUACUGACGAUGGAAGCACCAAACUGCACUUGCAAACCCCAUGGAGCUCCCCCAUGGCGCUCGAGAUACCCGCAAAGCUCAUGCUACACGAAGUUGACUCACUCUCCACUCUCAUGUCUAUGAAUCGUCCACGUGAAGGAAGCAUGAAGCGUGUCAUGGCUGACUCGUCAAUCACCAUGACGGGGCUAGACCACCCUGCCUCGAAUGGGAAAUUUGACAUUAUUGACUCCAUGGGGCGAAGGCAUAAGAUUCAAGUCCGAAUGGAGCCCGCCAAUGCGCUGGUCCGAAAGAUAUUCCGAGUCCUCAGGUUCGCUCUGCCAGACGCAGACAAGGCAUGCGAUGGACUUUUGAUAGGCUGGUGGGAAACCAUGAAAUGGCUCCAGGAACGGGAAACAGGCGAGAAUGACCUUGAGUGGACUGCCCUUGUAAUUGUCCUAUUCGCAAUGGCCAUCCCCUUCAUCGACAGCGACCAGACAAGACAUGCACCACGGCAGACUCGCAGGAAAAGAGGGCUGCUCAGGUCCAGCAGCGGGAGCUACGUUGAUACAGAGAGCUGGGAAGCGAUGCUUGAUCAAGAAUCAGGGUCAGCUGGUGUGGUGGCUCCAUGGAUGAACACCGCUUCUUGGGGCUGGGUUGUCGAGCAGGACGCCGAAGAUGAGAGCAUUGUUGUCGGCCAAGGCAAGAAAACCUCCAAGACGGAACACUUGCCAUCCAGUCGCUCAACAUGCCGCAAGAACACCUACCUGAUUCGAUGUGCGGCAUUGACGAGGGAAUACUUGCAAAGCCCGCGAGGCAAUGCGACAAUUGGAGUAGACGGCCACCUUCCUACUGCGCGCGCCAACACUCCGUCUGUACGACGUGCCGCCCUCAGUACUAUCUUGCUCGCUCUACAUCUCCUUCGAGAAGACCAAAAGUUGACAGUGUGUGAUAGCGAGCAGUCACACAGAUCACUUGGCCUUCUUGCCCCGGUUCUAGCCCAACUGGGCGGCUGGUUAGGAUGGCCAUCAUGGAUGUGGGCAAAAGAUUCUUACUACGGCAUGGAAAUAGCAAGCAUAGACCGCUGGCAAUUUGAGGACACUAGAAUAUCCUUGGCGGAGGUGCCUCGCGAGCCGUUCACACCCCCUUCGAUCUUUGCCUAUCUCGAAAAUGCCUGGCGUCGGCCAGUAGACCCAUUCUUCACUCUACUCAGCCUCAUCAACCAGGCUGACAGGUGCUCGACAAAAAACAAGGUAUGGCGAAAGUGCUACACUCUCACGCCAAGGACUCUAGCAUUGGACGGGUUCCUAUCCGAGAUGCACAAUAACCCAGCCCCUCUUGACCGGAUCAAGCUUCUUCAUCGUUGGGGGUUUACUCGAAGUGUGAUGGAGACCUUGCCAGAGGGCGUUAGCACUCCGCUAUACGAGGCUAUUCUGCAGUCACAGAUGCACGCCUCGACGUCCUGGAGUCCAAGUCUCCUAGCAUUGAUAGAUAGAGACGAUCUCAGUACAUCAAUGAGUCUUUCACUUGCGUCUCGCCCCGCACCAGCUCCUUCUCAGUUUAUGGUGUCCCACGACGCAAUUCGUGACUAUCACCAUAUUGGAACAUCCGCUCUGGAAAUCGAUGCCAUAAACUCGUUCGAAGCUUCUGCGGAGGCCGACCGAUUUUCCAUCACGCGCUUGAUCUUCCGUGAUGAUAAACGCUUCAUUGAAGCUGCACGGCUGCUGAACCAAUCCAAGCCCCCCGCGGCUGAAUGUACCCCAGAGCCCGAAUGGACUGAUUCGGAUCUACUGGAGGCGCAAAAAGAAGUUGUCCAGCUGGUGACGCUGCGAACACUAUCUAUCCCUACGGGACGGGCCAUGCUGGCAUUUAGUGGGCGCCUCCCUCUCUUGACCGAAAAGCUACCCAUCCCAUCCUUCUCGUUGCAGUGUGUGAUGAAGCCCUCAAAUGUGACCAUAAGUGCGGACAGAGCGUCUUUUAGCGAGGAAAAGGUUUGCUGGGCUUUCUUCCACAAUGGCGUUUCUACUGGUCUCGCCAUUUCGAGAAAUUCUAGGGGGAUCGACACCUCAUGGAUUCUGUUCAACAAGCCUCAAGACUUGACCAACCGACAUGCUGGGUUCCUUCUGGCACUGGGCCUCAACGGGCAUUUGAAAUCGCUCGCGAAAUGGGUUGCUUUCAAGUACCUGACUCCCAAACAUACAAUGACCUCGAUUGGUCUAUUGCUAGGUUUGUCCGCGUCGUAUCUGGGUACAAUGGAUACACUAAUCACUCGAUUGCUUUCGGUACAUGUAACGAGAAUGCUUCCUCUCGGCGCGGCAGAGCUCAACUUGUCGCCGCUCACGCAGACCGCGGGCAUCAUGGGAAUUGGGCUUUUGUACUGCAAUUCGCAGCACCGGCGAAUGAGUGAAGUGAUGCUGUCGGAAAUUGAAAAUGCGGAACCAGAAGAAAGCUCGUCUUCCCAUGAAUAUCUUCGGGAUGAGGGUUAUCGCUUGGCUGCCGGGUUCGCUCUCGGGUUUAUCAAUCUUGGUAAAGGAAAAGACCUAAAAGGCAUGCGGGACAUGCAUAUUGUUGAGAGAUUGCUUGCAGUGGCAGUUGGCACCAAGAACGUUGAUCUAGCUCACAUUCUCGACCGAGCCACCGCAGGGGCCACCAUUGCCCUGGCUAUCAUCUUCAUGAAGACAAACGACGAAAUCCUUGCUCAAAAGAUUGAUAUCCCCGACACCACAGUACGCUUUGACUAUGUCCGGCCGGACCUGUUCCUCCUUCGGACGCUUGCGCGCCAUCUUAUCCUGUGGGACAACAUUGAACCUUCCGAUAAGUGGUUCAUACAGAGUCUUCCAGAAGUGUAUCGACACCGCUAUCGUCUAACGCGUGUGCGUCGCCUGCAGAGCAACGAUAUGCCAUUCUUCAACAUCAUUGCUGGUCUAUGCUUCGCACUCGGCCUUCGAUACGCUGGUUCCGCCAAGCCAGAAGCGCGCGACAUCCUCCUUUCGUACCUUGAUCAGUUCAUCCGCAUCUGUCGACUUCCAGCCGGUAACUAUGACGGAAAACUGGCCCGAAAUUCUGUCCGACACUGCCAGGAUGUUGUUGCAUUGUCGGCUGCGGCUGUCAUGGCAGGUACAGGGGACUUGGCUCUCUUCCGGCGUCUACGGUCUCUCCACGGUCAUGUGGAUCCCGACACACCCUAUGGAAGUCAUAUGGCGGCACACAUGGCUGUAGGGAUGCUGUUUCUGGGUGGAGGAAGCUAUACACUGGGCACAUCCGACAUUGCCAUUGCGUCUCUCAUCUGCUCGCUGUACCCGAUAUUCCCGACAACUGUACUGGACAACAAAUGUCAUUUGCAAGCGUUUCGCCAUCUCUGGGUGCUCGCUGCCGAAGCACGCUGUUUAGUUCCUCGCGAUCUUGAUUCCAGGCGUCCAGUUUCAAUCCCUAUCAACGUGACGAGCUCCGACGGCGAUACCCGUUUGCUAACUGCGCCUUGCCUGCUGCCCGACUUGAGCCAAAUUUCAAAGGUCGAAGUUCGCAGUCCCGACUACUGGCCUUUGGUUCUAGAUUUCGCGUGCAAUCCAGAAAUCCUCACAAAGUUCCGCCGGGGCGACCAGUCCGUCUACCUACGACGCAAAGCAACUUACAAUCCAACGGGCACCUCAGUCUUCGGCUCUACAUUGGCUGGUCUGAGCGAUGCUCAGGAUAUCCUUCCCUCAUCGUCCACCUCGGCCUCCAAUCAAGGCAAGGGCCUCCCCCUCACUGCCUUACCGAGCGUGAUGAACAUCAAGGCCAGCGGCCCCCUCAUCGGAACGCCCAAGUCCGCAACACAAAGUAUCUGGGACUGGAUCUUCGAGCUCAAAUCCCUCCACGGCCUCCUAGACGCGCGCGAAAAGGCCCUCGUCCUCCCAUCUUCCUUCCCUGCACGCCCUCAGCCGGCCCCGGCACCGAACGAUGCACCAUGGCUCCGCCAGUCCGUUGUAGACAGCAAGCUCGUCACCGAACGCACGGCGCGGAAUAUCAUACAGGCUGCAAAGGGGCGAGGUGCGGACCCGGACGAAGUGCGAGACCGCCUGUGGCAGCUUCGGCUGCUCUUCAACUGGAUUGAUGCGCAAACCCCGGAAGAAGACAAGGAUGGGGAGGGCUCUGCCUCUUCCCUGCACUCGAGCGGACUUUGGCUGCGUCGUGACUACAUUGAGGAGUUGCGGUGGAAGAUUUGGGGUGUUCAGGUUGGGGAUAAUGUCAAGGAGGUGGAGUAA